AUGAGUGGUCACAUCCCAUCCAUCCGGGACGGCACUUAUGUGAUCGUUCCAAUAGUGGAAGAAUUCAAGAAAGGCUGCUGGGGGGCAAAGAUUGUGGAACAAGGACAAAACCGAAUCAAACUGUGUGUGCACUCUGUUCCGACUGCUUGCGUUGGACGAUACCAGCUCAGUGUCGUGACACACUGUCCAGGAGGCAGAUUCACUUUACCUUAUGUUCCUGAAAAUGACAUUUACAUGCUGUUCAACCCCUGGUGUAAAGAUGACUGUGUGUACCUGAGUGAUGAGGCGGAGAGAGCUGGGUAUGUGCUGAAUGACAUGGGCAGAAUCUACUAUGGAACUAAGCAGCAGAUUGCUUGCAAAACAUGGAACUUUGGUCAAUUUGAGAAGGGAAUCUUGCCUGCAUGUAUGUAUGUGCUGGAGAAGAGCUGUACACCUUGCUCAGGGUGGGGAAGCCCCAGUAACAUUUCCAGAGUGGUAUCUGACACGGUUAUUGCUAACAAAGACUGUGGUGUGUUGGUGGGUAACUGGUCAAACUUCUAUGGAGAUGGAACUGCUCCUACAUCCUGGUGCAGCAGCAGUGCCAUCCUGAAACAGUACUACAAGUGUGGAGGAAUACCUGUCAAAUAUGGACAGAGCUUGGCCUUUGCUGGAGUCACCAACACACUGUUGAGGUGUUUGGGCAUUCCUGCUCGUCCAGUUUCAAACUUCUGUUCUGCUCAUGACACUGAUGUUUGUUUGACAACUGAUGUCUACUUGGAUGAGAAAUUUCAGCUGAUCGAUCACAUGAACCGUGAUUCAAUCUGGAACUACCAUGUGUGGAAUGAGGCCUGGAUGACUCGGUCAGAUCUGCCAUCUGGUUUCGGAGGUUGGCAGGAAGAGAAAACUAGAGCUGUGAACAAUGAUAAAGUUUACUGGCAAAGGAAAAGCAAUGGAACAUUUGGUGUUGUUCACGUUGAGAAAGAUGUAGUAGGUCACUGCAUCAGUACCAAGGCUGUCGGCUCAGAUCAACGUGUAGACAUCACAAACCUCUACAAACACCCACUUGGUAAAAACCACAUGCAUGUCUCUUAA